AUGAUGGGUGAUAACUUAGUCGAUCUAACAUCAUCACAGCCCGAAAAGCAAUUAGAAUCUGUUGCCCGUGUUCAAGACCCGGUCAACUCAGCGACGCUUCCCCAGCUUGUUGAGCCAGACGAUCUCGAGGACGAUACCGACGACCUCGAGGAUUCCGAAUCUGAAUCUGACGACAGCGACAUUUUCGAAUCUGCUCUGACCGAUGAACUGGAACGCGCAGAAUUUGAGCCAUACACUGACGAUGAUCCUGGACCGAUCUCAUAUACACCUGCCGAGGGAAAGGACAUCCGAGACAAACUACGCCGACUUGGACCCAAUCGAUUCAUAGAGCAGACCAUCACUUCUGGAGUCGUUGGCGUUAGGAAACUCGUCACAGCGUUCGGCGUACGGCCUGAUCUUCCUUAUGGAACCAGAUGGUACUACCAGAUCCUGGGUCAAUGUAUCCAGCGUGAGCUCAGAAGAAGACAAAAGCUCACUGAGUACAACACCGUCGACGACGCUGUAUCGCUUCUUCAGAAAUCCAAGAACAUCAUGGUCAUCACUGGAGCUGGCAUUUCUACAAGUCUCGGCAUCCCUGACUUCCGCUCCAAGAACACUGGCUUCUACUCAAAACUUCUCGCUCGCGGUUUCGACAGUCCAGAAGAUGUCUUCGAUAUCGGAAACUUCGAUGAAGACCCCACUCACUUCUACGAGUUGGCACAUGAUAUCUUGCCGGUUACAGAUAGGUGUUCGCCGACUCACGCUUUCAUCAAGCUCCUCCAAGACAAGCAAAAGCUACUCACGAAUUACACCCAAAACAUCGACAACAUCGAGGAAUAUGCGGGCAUCGAUCCCGAGCGUUUGAUUCAAUGCCACGGUUCAUGGGCCACAGCGAGCUGUCGCAAAUGUCAUACCGAAGUCAAGGGUGAUGCCAUCUUUGAGGACGUCAGGCAACACAAAGUCUCGUUAUGUAAGACCUGUCUGGACAUCAUCGAGAAGCAGCCCCGCAAGCGCAAGCGCACAUCCAACGGAAAGUCGAAGUCAAGAAGCAGCCACUCUGACUCGGAAGAUGAUGGCCGGUAUGAUGUUCCACAACCUGGUGUCAUGAAGCCCAACAUCACCUUCUUCGGCGAAAAGCUCCCCAGCCGCUUCUUCGACAGACUUACUGAGCACGAUGUCGCAAUGGUCGAUUUGAUUGUCGUCAUCGGUACUUCCAUGAAGGUCGCUCCUGUCUCCGAGAUUCCCAACUUCGUUGACGAAAAAGUGCCUCAGAUCUACAUCUCACGCGAGCCGGCCGAUCACAUCAACUUCGACAUCACCCUCCUGGGCUACUGCGAUGAUGUCGUAGCCGAACUGGCCAAGCGUGCUGGCUGGAGAAUCAAACACACAAAUCUCACUGAGGAGCCAUUGACGGCGACGCCUGGCCCGAAGACUGGACAGUGGAACAUCGCACCGCUGACCCCAGCUACUCUACCUGCAUCUAAUGACUAG